AUGUCGCCUUCCAUGGCUAAAUCCGCACUGACAUAUGACGACGAAGACAGUCCGAAUGACUCGACUUCUAGCCCUGCCUCCUCUGCCGCUUUAUCUUUGCGUUCCUUGUCAGCAUGUGACAAUGAACGCACACAUCAAGGGAUUUUAAACCAAGCAAGUCCUUUUCGCUCGACAUUUCAGCCACAAGCACACGAUUAUAGAGCCCUUUCUGACCCUGCACCAUCAAAUUCCCGGUUGCGUCCUGGAAUCACUGAACAGGAUCUAGGGAGUCCCAAGUCCCGUUUAUUAUCGUCACCAGAAAUACCGGAUUCUCAGCUUUACUCAACAAGUUUUCCCACUGUCUCGGUUGAUGCACACGAAAUGCCUAUUUCAGCUGAAUUGGCAAGUGCAGAGGGGCCCAGAAUCUCACUUCGGUCACCAGUUCCCCAAAGACCUUUGCCAGGCUCUCGGCGCGAGAGUGGUUCUGACUUGGAUACAUCACUGAAUGAUGUGCCUGUUCGAAGACAUAUGGGUUCCUUUUAUUUGCGAAAACAAUCUUCAAAUCCGGAUCUAUCGCAUUCCAUCCGGUCUAUCGACUCCAUAAUUGAUGACGAUUGCAACAGCAUAGGGCAAGGAGAAUCACGUUUCCGAAUAGGCCCUAUUCGGUUCUUUUCACGUUUUUUUCAUGACGACGUGCCACGGGGCACAAGAAGCGGAAGUACCUCACCAAAUUCUUUCAGUCCGCCUUCGUCUUCCUUGCAUCCAGGCGCAUCUUUUCGAGGCUUGAACGAUUUACGUCGAAGUUUUAAUAUGGGUCGACCAAGCAGCUUGGCUCAGACUUUGGGUUUAUCAGCUAAACAGGCUCUUCCGCGACCCCCGCGUUCUCCAAUGGUUUCGGCGAUUGCUUCUAAAAACUUGGAAGUUGAUGAUGAUGACAUUCAUGAGAUCCACGGCCUCACGACACGUAGUUCUACCCCGGUUCGUUCAUUAUCGCCUCCAACGAUGCCGAAUCAAGUUUAUACAAGUUUUUGUCCGGAGGCGGGACUUGCCAAGUUGAAUAUUCAAGAUUCACACGCAUCUGAUGUGCAAAAUAUGAGUGCUUAUGAACUCGGGGAAGAAAUCGGGAGUGGCGCAUACGGAUUCGUUCGACGGGCUCGUUCUCGCGACCGAGGUGAGGAAGUUGUUAUCAAGUAUAUUUUUAAAAGUUCAAUAUUUGCAGAUUCGUGGCGUCGGCAUCGCAUCUAUGGAACAAUUCCUGGAGAGAUAUUUGUGUUAUUACAGUUGCAACACACAUCCUAUACUCCACCGCCAUCGCCUCCACGUUAUAUUGCAAAUAAGUCGCGUUGGGAACAGGUUCGCGAUACGGUGUUAGCAGAGCAAAGUCAAGGGCACACCACUGGACAUCCUGGCAUAUGUAAACUAUUGGAAUUUUUUGAGGAUAAUGAUUAUUAUUAUAUGGUAAUGCCUCGUUUUGGAAAUGGUCAAGACUUGUUCAAUUAUGUGGAAUCAUCUCCAUAUGGGCUAGAGCCACGAGAAGUUCGCAGCUUCUUAGGUCAGGUUGCAGAUGUGAUUGCUUUCAUGCAUUCGAACGGGAUUGUCCAUCGGGAUAUUAAAGAUGAAAAUGUAAUAUUGGAUUCAUACGGCAUGGUGCAGCUUAUCGAUUUUGGGGGGGCUGCACGUAUUCGCCCUGGUCUGAUGUUUGAUACGUUUAGCGGCACGAUGGAUUAUGCAGCACUUGAGAUACUUCGUGGCGAGAAAUAUUCUGGACCACCUCAAGAUGUUUGGGCCUUCGGAGUCCUAGGCUAUGUGUUAGUUUGCGGUGAGUGUCCAUUCGCAAAUGUGGAAGAAGCAAGUGUGGGCAUGUCAGCCGGGGCGCGACCUUUACUUGUGCUUCAACAUUUUUGCCUCGAACAAAGCCCUGGCGUUCACAGCCUUGCUAAUUCAGACUCGUCUCAAGACGAGAAUAUACCCCCGCCAGAUAAUGGCGGUCAUUUCUCUCAAUUAUGUGACCUGAUUUGUCAGUGUUUACAACAUGAUCCCAGUAUGCGGCCCUCAGCUAAUGAUAUCCUUCAUCACGCGUUUCUGUUCGGUAAUCAGGGAUGGAUGGGUCCGUGCGGCUGGCGUCAUUAA